AUGACCAUCCUACAGGAGGCGGGCAACGACAUGGCCAGGGCAUGGAACUCUUUGGUGAAGGACAUGCCGCAGGCGCUGGAGGCGGCCAGGACCUAUGGCUCCGAGAGAUGUGAGCUGGACCCACAGGUCUUAGAAGAGUGGGAGAUGAGACUGGGCAGGAUCAUGAAGGCUGCCACCCCAACGGACGUAGACAUCCCCGUUGAAGCGGAACUAUGUGAGGCGUGGCAGAAGUUCAGCAAGGACCCGGAGAAGCACAUAGCGGAUUGGGCCCGCUUUGGGGCGCCACUGGGCAUGGGCGCACGCAUCCCCAGGAAGGAGAAAACUAGCAGGGCAGCGAAAUACCCCAAUGACUUGGCGCUGGAGUAUGCCCAGCUGGUGAUCAAGGCUUUCAGAACGGUGCUAGACCUGGAGUGGUGGAGACACAGGCAAUCCCAGUCAGCAAGUGAGCUGAGCCAGGUCAAGCAGAAUUGGGCACAGUCCAAGGAGCGCAUGGCCAUCAAAAGACCUGUGGACGGCAAGGACAUGAAGCAGUUGAGGGGGGCCAAGAAGGCAAGAAGAGAAGAAGAGAACUCCUUCUUCAUAGGGGGCAUGCGCAACCCCUUCAAAGCCUUGAAGAAGAUGACCAUCCUACAGGAGGCGGGCGACGACAUGGCCAGGGCAUGGAACUCUUUGGUGAAGGACAUGCCGCAGGCGCUGGAGGCGGCCAGGACCUAUGGCUUCGAGAGAUGUGAGCUGGACCCACAGGUCUUAGAAGAGUGGGAGAUGAGACUGGGCAGGAUCAUGAAGGCUGCCACCCCAACGGACGUCGACGUGAAGGGCAAGUUCCAGUUCAGAUCCCCGUUGAAGCGGAACUAUGUGAGGUCCAACGGUGUCUUCCCGCCGAUAGACGACGAUUCAGGAGAAGGCCAAUUGUCCACUUUGGAGACACAACUGGACUCCAAGAACUACCGAUCGGUCUAUGAUGAUCGAGAAGGAGCACAGGGAGAGCUGGACAGGUUGGUCAACAAUGGCUUUGCGGAGAUCGUGCCCAUGGCGGAGAUCAAGCAGAAGUUCAAGACGGGCACAGUGUCCAAGCUGGCGCUGAUCACGAAAGUGAAACCCAACGGGGUCGUGAAACAUCGUCUCAUCAUCGACCUCUUGAGGGACACUCAGGAGUUGUGGCAACAACACGGUGGACAACCUGAGGGUGCAGAUUGGGCCAUGGAGUUGGUUGGAGCCGACCUUAGUGACGCCUACUGUCACUUUGGAGUGGCCCCGGAGGAGCUGUGUCACUGCCUGGCGCCGGCAUUGCAGGAAGACAUGGUAGUCGUAUUCAAAGCUAUGUCCUUUGGCUUCAAAGGCGCGCCUCUUAUCAUGGGGCGAUUGUCGGCGGCUUUGACAAGGCAGUGGCAAGCAAUGAUGCAGAGCCAGGCACGGGUUCAGACUUACAUGGACGACCCACUGAUUGUCAUGUGCGGGUCAAAAGCCGACAGAGAAUCCAUGUUGGCGAGAUUGCUAUACUCUGCAAAAGCCUUCGGUGUCAACCUCUCCUAUGAGAAGGGGGGCGACACCAGACCGAAGCCGGGCCUUGUCCCGGUGAAACGCUUGGAACUGGCCAGGCGGUGGUUGUUGGCCUUCCUACAACAAAAGGAGGCCUGGAGAUGCAGGAAGCUGCCCAUGCAGGUGGUGUUGCCAAAGUAUGCCAUCACCACGGACGCCUCCCCCUUUGGGGUGGGGGCGAUAUUGUCAGUGGUGGACAAGGAGCAGGACAACCUCACACCAACGGUGGCCCUGGCAGGCAAGAUCACCAAGAACGUGGCGGCCGUGCUGGGGGUGGAGUUUCGGCAAGCCUCCGGGCAGGCAGUCUUGGAGGCCUUUGCAGUCCUCUUGGUCAUUCGGUACUGGAGGGCGACCCUGCGAGGCUCCAGGCUGUUGCUGAAGGCAGAUUCCACUGUGGCAUUGGCGCUAAGCAAGAAGCUCAGCAGCUCAACGGCCACCCUCAACUUCAUCGGAGCGGAGUUGAACAUCGUGCUGGAAGCUCGACUGGUGGCAAGUCGCGGCGCUAUGGACGUGCUGCUGCGGCGUGGUCGCAAUAGCCUGGGCAAUCUGGGGAACAAUCCAUUGUCUUUGGGCGUGGUGGACCACCAGAGGCAAGAGUUUGGCGCCACUGUAUGCAUCCCAGGGUACACAAACUUGGGAAACCACGGUGGAUCGGUCAAACGAGCCGGAGAGAUUGACAUCACCCACUUCCUGCUGCACAAGCUCAGCAGACUGGGAACCUCGGGGCAGGAUUCUAGCCACACCAAAGAAAAGAACUCAGUCUCUCAAGUGGCAACCGGCCCCCAAAACGGGGGUCAGAUCAACCAUCCUGCACGACAUGGCGAGGAGAGCCCAGCCAGUGUUGUGGGAGGUGGACAGACGAAGAGAGUGGUGGGUGGAGAGAGAGAGAGAGAGAAGCGAGCCCUCAAGGGCAUCGGAGGCCGACUGAUGGCCUUGGACAGGGGCAGAAGCGGUGGACUUGCUGAAGGUUCAGAACUGAUGUGUGGCUUGGUUAGGCAACGGGACGACAAAACCACAACUCGGGGAAGUUUGACCGCACCUCAGGCGGCAGUCGAAAACAACAAGAAAGCCUCGGUGGCAAAGGCCAUCAAGAUCGCCAAGUCACCCGGUUUCACGAGAGUCCUGGGGAGCUUUAGAAGGCGAUUUCACGCAGCAUCAGCGAGAGCAUCUCGAGACUGCAAGAGAUCGGAGGUCCUCAAGCUGGCAAAGGAGGUGGCAGGGGAGACGAGGGUGCUCCCGCUUAGCAGAGCCACAGUGGAGGGCGUGGCCGCCGCCUUGAAGGAGGCGGGUAUGAAAGCAGGGACCCAAUAUUUAACAGAAUUGAAGUUGCUUCAUGUGGAGGCGGGUUUCGAAAUUGAAGCUUGGCUCAAAAGAACCAUGGACCAGUGCAGCACCAGGGCCGUGGAGGUCAGGGUGGAAACCUGGGCGGCGGACAAGGUCUUGACCAAGAGUGUUCGAAAGGGGUCACCCAAGAACGUUGGUCUCAUGUUCUUGUGGGCGGCAGUCUGGAUGCUGAGAGAGAUCGAGGCCCGCAACAUGAAGAUCCGCGACGUGUUGCGACACGACAAGGAGAAGUGGGCAGCAAUCUGGCUACCAACGUCGAAAGGAGACCAACAAGGCGUAGGGGGUCAGAAGAACUCUGAGUUGUUGCGGCAAGAGCCAGUGCGACAUCUACUGCCCAUGGAAUUUGGCGACCAGGGUGAUGACUUUGGCAGGAGCAGUGUGGUCCUCACGUACGCUGAGGAGGUACUGCAGGAAAAACCCAUGGCCCUCCCAGUCAAGCUGGAUGCGAAUGUGGUGGACAAGCUGGUGGACCACGUCGCGAAGGUCGAACAGGAACAAGCAGAGCCAGGACCAUCCAUCCCAGAGGAACAAACGAUGUCGCUGGAAAAGGCCUUCGACAAACCCAGAAAUCUCUGGGUAGUUACCAAAGGCAGAGGCUGGAAGAACAGGCCUCGACAUCUGGUAACCAAGGCAUCUUGGCAGCUGCCGAUCAAGGAGUGGACGACUUCUUGUGGAUGGGCCUUUGCUCAGCACUCCUCGGAGUUCUACUUCUUGUCGAGUGCACAGGUGGACAAGCUGAAGUGCCUCAAAUGCGAAGCCAAACAAAAGGGCGCGACCAAGGUGAUAGAUUAUGCAGAACGUGGAGAUUUCACCAUCGACGUGAUGAUGUACGACUUGCCCAAAGAUGUACAGGAGGUUUUCCACACAACAGAACCAGAAGGAAGUCGUGCAGGGGCUGAAACCAUGACGAAGCAGUCGGGUCUUGGUGCCAUCGCGGACUUUAUGAAUGCGGAGGUGGAUGACUACUGUUUCGACUCGUGUGGCUAUUCCUGCAACAUGCAUAGUGGCCUUUCGUAU